AUGGUCUCCCCAUCUCCGCUAGAAACUGAUCCCAAACACCAGCCGCUGCACAGACGUAGGCUACCUUGGGGAAGCCCCGAGGGGACCCCGCGCCGUAGGAGGGAGUGGAGGCGCUGGCGAACCACCCUGCCGGGCCGAUGGAGCCGGGGUCCUGCACAGCGCGAGCGGCUCCUCAGCUGUUUGUGCUGCUUCCCCAGCUUCUUCACCGGCUCCUGCAGCUUCCGCACCUCUUGGUCCGCGUUCACGUUGGAGUUAACGUCCUCCAUCCCGGCCCGGCUGCCUCCGUCGGCCGCCGCCCACUUGCUCUCGCAGCAACAGGGAAAGAGCCGGAGGAAAGAGGCGUCCCCGCCGCUCACUCCAGCCGAAGCGCCCGCAUGUAGCAGGACCAGGCCCCGCCGCCAGGGUCCCCCCAGCGCGGGUCCCGAAGUGCCGCUGGCGCCAGCCGAACCGCCUCCUCGGCGUCGGUCCGGGGUUCAGGGAGGCAGCACCAAUAUCUGGCCUCUGCCGCCAUCGUCCCUCCGCCCCCCGAGAGUCGCCCCUAUAAGAAAAUGGAGGCCGAUCAAGGUUGGAGACGUGCCAAGGUCUUACUGUCAGGAAAGAACAGAGGCAAGUUUGAACCAAGUGAGUCUGACACCAGAACAUCUGCAUGACUAUGCCACACUGUUUCAAAUGCUGUUAUACUCUUGGUAUUCUUAUGCCAUCUUCUUUUUCCCUCAGCAUUAUGUUUUCAAGACUCACCAUGUUGAUACAUGUAGCCCUAGUUCAUUAUUUUCAUUACUGUAUGGUAUACUGUUCAAUAAAUAGACCAUAGGUAAUUUGUUCAUUCUUGUAUUAAUAGAAGACAUAACCAACAAUGUUGCAAUUGCAUACUUGUACAUGUCUCCUUGUGCAUAUGUGCAAGAGUUUCACUAGGGUUUACACCUACAGGUACAAUUUCUGGGUUACAUGGUAUGUGCAUCUUCAAAUUAACAAGAUAUUACCAAGUAUUCUCUAAAAUGGAUAUCAUUUUACUUUCAGGAAAUAAGUUUGUAAGAAAUUCUGCUGUCCAUAGUUACCAUGUAUAAAAAAAAGAUACUACAAUAAAAGAGAAGAAAACAUUAAGAAAAAUGACAAAAAAUAGGAGCUAAAAUAGAAUAGCAAAGUAACCCAAGUCUGCCAUUUAUUUAUACAUUCUUCCUCUUAAAUGCAUGCAACAGAGGUGAAACACAGCAUUUCUCUACUCUCAAUUUUCCUUGCCUUCUAAGCAGUAUUCGACUCUCAGACCUUCUCUGAAGAGUGUGGACAUGAGAGUUUACUACAAAUAUUAAAAUUUCUGAAUUUGACAUGAAUCACGUUAAGGUGGAUUUCCCUCACAAUUCGGCAUUUCAUUUGAUCCCUCUCCUCCUCAAGCAUUGCCAUUCCCUACCAGCUUGAAAUUUGCUAUUUAAUUUCACUCACAAUGAUGGAGUACGAAAGAGCUGAAAUGCUCUAUUUCAUAUGGAGAUGUAGAUACACUGUAGAGACAUAGCUAUAGACCUCAAGUAAGUCUUCUCAGCAAAGACCUAUGAGAAAGUUGUAAGAAAACAACAAAUUUGGCAUGAUAUUUUAGUUUGAUAAUUUAGAUGCAUCCAAGUAAUAACAACUCUAACUGCAUUUUAAAAUAAAAAUAUAGCCCUAGUGAUUUUCACUACUGUAUGUACUGUAUGUAUACUGUUCAAUAAAUAGACCGUAGGUAAUUUGUUCAUUCUGUGCAAGCGAAGGAUGAUGGCAGCCUGAACUAGAGAAUCUGAUAGGUAUGGAGAGGUGGUGACAGAGAGGAGGCAGAGUGGCAGGAUUUGUCAAUCAGAUGUGAAGGGUGAGAAAAAAAGAGAGAGGGAGGAGGGAUGUUCCAAAGUGUCCAGACUGUGCAAUUUAAUUUCCUUCACCUCCCUGUCAAAUGGUAAGUUUGAAUGCCAGCAGCACCAAAGCAUCCUGUGAUUGAAGAUCUUUUGUUUCCCUAGAUGCAUAGUAAGGCAAGGCUAAAAGCCUCCAAGAAAAUCAGAAUGGCAAAAUAGCCCCAUCACAUAUUCAUGUAGAAGAAGAGAACUCAGAAAUGAAUAUUCUCUCUCAAGUGAUGGCCUGGUCUCCCUUUGCCAUUUACCUCCUCCUUUUCAUCAUAUUGCUUCUUACCCUGUCUUAAGGUGCAAUGUUUUGGGGUAAAAAGAGUACUCACUCUCAUACAACAGUCAAUGAAAGUGUAAAUUACA